AUGAAAAUAUUACUGUUUAUUUAUCUAUGUGUUGCGCUUUUUGUAGGCUCUUCUUGGGCAAUUGUGCGAACCGAGGAAGUGUUUGAGUGGACAAAGGAGACCCUUGGCUCGUAUUUUGACAAGUACAAGAUUACCUAUGAUAAAAACCAAGGCCAGGAAUCCCUUGUUGAGAUUGCACAAGCUUAUAAAGAUGCUGCUGAAGCAAAUGUAAGAUAUUUUGGUAACAGUGUUGACCAAAUUGUCUCGGGAUUCAAUAUUGAUCUCAAAAAAAACUCCCACCUUGCACAGAAUGAUGUUGACAGUUUCAUUACAAACUUAAAACACCAACUCCGUCAAUUAGAACUGAAGGGGCAGCUCUCCAAAGAACAUGUCAAACAAGUACUUGAUAAGGCGCAUACGGAAGCUAUUCGUCAAAAACUCCUUACUGAAGCCGAAUGGAAGAAGGCUUAUUCCAAGUUUGAAUCACAUUAUCAACAACCUACCUGGUAUCAACGCGUCCUUCGCGCCAAAUCUGAUGUAGAAGACGGCUCUUCUUCUUUUAAUAAAUGGUUUCAGUCUAUUGCUGAUCGUAUCUCACACGUUGGUGGCAUGACGAAAGAAGAAGCCCAAAAUGUUGCCGAACAAGUCCGUACAAGCAUAGAAAACACAGACCUUCAAAAGCUGGGUGAUAGCGCAUGGGUUGACAGUUUGGCACAGUCUAUUUCUGAAAAGACACAAAUGAAAAAAGAACAAGUCAGUAAUGUGCUUGACUCCAUCAAGAAAGAUGUCUAUGGUUUCAAAAUAUUCGGUCUGGAAUAUACUGGCCAGGCCAAAGAACAUGCUAAAAAUUGGUACGAAUAUGCCAAGUGUUGUUGUCAAGGCUUUUGGGAACGUAUUCGAACUUCUCUAAGAAACCUCCAAGCUCGCCUGUAUCAUAUGUUGCACAUUGAUCAAAUCAAAAAGCCCAAAUAUAUCACUAAACAUGCUACUGAAUCAAUCAAAUCAGCUGCUAGUUCUCUUUCUGAAGACUGGCAUUCGUCUUCCAAGUCAAUGGCUCACUCUCGUAGUAUUCAUUCAGCGAUGUCUAAAGUCUCCAAUGCUGCUGCACAGGCAACAAACAAAAUCCAAGAUAUUGAUUUUAAGAAUCUGGAUAUUAAAGACUCGUUUGCCCAUUUCUGGCGUAAAAAAGAGCAUGAUGCUUAUCGAAAAUUAGGCUAUACUGAGGCUCAUAUUGACUGGAUUCAUAACUAUCUCUACAAGACAUUUGCUAAUCAAAAGGCAAUGGUGCGUGGAAAGUCUGACGAAGCAGCUAUUGCUAUCAAACGUUAUUUGAAUGAACUCAAGAUUCAAAAGCCUGAUCAAAUUGAUCAGCAUGUCAACAAGUUAAGAGGCCAUUUGGAAACUUGGAGAACUUUGGUGGAUGAUUAAAUAAGUAAUCACGCGAUUUUUUUUUAUUGAUAAAGAGUAUUACAAAACCCCAUUUUUCGAGUUUGUGCACUUUACUAAAUUUGUACAUACUUCAAAAGCAUGGUUAUUAUCACUUGGUCUAUACAAUUAGUCUAUAAAAGUCAUAAAGAAAAAGCAUACCUAUAAAGUAAUAUUAUAGAUUUAUAGAUAUGACCAGGUGAAAAAGGCAUGU